AUGGUAUCGCCUAGUGGUAAUAUAGCUGGAAAUAGUAUAAAUAAAAUGAAACUAAAAGAAGUCGGACAAUCAGCGGAUAAACGCCAAGUACUGUGUGCUUUAAACUUUUACGGUCAAGGAAGUUAUCAAAAAGGUGUUGGAGUGGACAGUAAAUUGAGUAUUGCUCAACCUACCGUUAGUAUUAUUCUUAAAGAAGUCACAACAGCAAUUAAUGAACGACUGCUUAGACGGUGGAUACGCUUCCCAACAACUCCACAGGAGAUACAAGAGAUUGUGCAGAGAAAUUAUAAUAAAACUAGAAUUCCCGGAUUAGUGGGAUUUGUUGACGGUACGAAUGUGACCAUAAAAAUACCAGCAAUAAACGAAGGACUAUACGUAAAUAGAAAAGGAUAUCAUGCACAACAUGUACAAAUUAUAUGCGAUUCCAAUUUGAACAUAUUAAACAUUAUAGCAAGAUAUCCAGGUUCCAGCCAUAACUCCUUUGUAUGGAGGACUUCUUAUGUAAGACAUCUUCUUCGAACACAGUACGAAACUGGAAAUCACUGUUGGAUCUUUGGAGACUCUGGAUAUCCUUUGGAGCCAUGGCUUUUAACACCCUUUCCGGAACCACAGCCCGAUACAAGAGAGGCGUAUUUCAAUGAAUGUCACAGUAGUACACGAAAUGCAGUGGAACGCUGCAUAGGAGUAUUAAAAAAACGAUUCCGAUGCCUUCUUCGGUAUCGUACUUUAGAAUAUACACCCCAGAAAGCAGGUGAAAUCAUUAAUGCUUGUGCAACAUUGCACAAUAUGUGUAUGCUGGCUAAUUUGCCUGAUCCUCCGGAUCUUGAAGCAGCUAUUGCAGCAUUAGAAAAUGAUAUGGAUAAUAUAGAGGUUGUACCAGUACCGGAGGGUCGAGCUUUAUUCAAUGAAGACCAACGUACACGCGAUAGACUUGCUGCCCGAAUAUUAUAAAAUUUAAUAAAAGAGGACAGUUUCUACUAUGUUUUAUGCAUUAAUAUAAAUAUUAAUAUAAGUAUUAAUGAAAAUAAAAAUGAAUUGAAAUAUUAUGGCAAAUGUUUUUUAUUUUGUAAUUAUGCGAAGAAAAUAUAUUUCAAGAAUAAUGGAAUAAUGAAAUUCUGCUGCAUAUGUAACAUGAAGAGUUAUCUUCAUUGUAACCAUAAUAUUAUUUAUGA